GACACAUUUAUUGCAGUAGUGAAGUGGUUGGUUCGGGGAGGAAUAUUCUUUUGAUUUUGAUGAAACAUUUUGGCCAUUUGUUUAGCUUAAAACCUGAUCUGGCAUGCCUAAACGUGGGGCUGAAGUCGGAGAUGGAAACGAGGAUUCAAGUGGCCAUGGUGUGUACCAUUUCAUUGGAGGUUUGAUUCGAGAAGGAAAAGAUGCAAAAUUUGUGGAUAAGAAGGGGCGCUAUGUCCUAAACUGGUCCAGGACCUUGGAGCGCUAUGCCAUCUACAAAUCCAAGAAAACUCCUCAUUUUAAGAGCAAGAACAUCAACAGAAGGAAGGCCAGCAAUGGUCUGAGGGCAGCCUUGCUCAACAUUUACAAAAAAGAUGGGGCAAAAGAGUACAAAGAAAGCAAAAAGGUCAAUGACAAGGAUGAGGUGAUAGAGAGACAGUUUCAGAUGCCACCUAAAGUGUUUCAGUCACUGUUUGGAUCUAAAGUGGAACUUUCAGACGAUAGUGAUCAUGAAACAAGCAGCACAUCUUCAGAGGUUGAUGAAAAACCACAAGCAACUCCUAAUACUCCUUAUGGAAGUGACACAGGAUUUGAAGAAGAAGCCAUGGAUGUUUCUGAGGAUUUGCUGAACAUGAGUGCAGAGCUAAACAUUUCAAAUGUUCUUGGUGACACUGGAAUUGGUGCUGCAGCACUUCAGGACAACAUCAAAACAGAAGUUCAGGUUGAUCAACCAGACAUUGCCACCCCUUGUCAGAUCUUUAACAUUUCGGCAGAAGAGUUAGAUUCAGCAUUGGAGGAAAUCUGUUCCACCUCAGAUAAUGAUGAAGACCAACCUGGAGAGGUGAAAGAUAUCAGCCCCUCUACAGGCUCUGUCAAGGGUGGAUUUCAGUUCCAUAUAAUGUUGACAGAUGAGCUGCCAGAAAGUGACACAACUGGCGUUGCACACUUUGAUGGAGUGGGUGCUGUCUUAUUAGAGAAGACCAACCCCUAUGUCUUCUCUGGGUUUAUUCCAGCUGCCCAAGAGCCUGGCCCUGUGCGAGUAACAGUUUACACUGAGGCUGGUCGGAAGCUGGGAAUCACUUGGUUCAUGUAUGUGGAUGAGAUGCGUGAAGCUUUAAAACAGCUAAUUAAGGACCCAGCACAACUAUCGCUGUUCUUAACCAUGUGGUCCCAGGAACAUGGAAUCAUUGGAAGUAAUGGUGAUGUUGCACAGACCUUGGGUCUGUUUGGUUUACGUGACCAAGGUUCCUUGACUGAAGCUAAACAGCUGCAAUCUCUUAAAGUCCUUCAACUACUUGUAUACACAGCUGCUCAAGAGGAUGCUCAACAGUUUCUACAAAUGUUCUUUAGUACCUCUGCUGGAAAAAUUGUCUUUAACAGUUACAAGGAUAGAACUCCUUUGCCAGAGGAUGUUGCAAGGGCCAGCGCCCAUGAGGAGUUGGCAGAAUACUUAGAAGAUGUAAACAAAAGAUUUUCUAAAGAAAGUGACAGUAAUAGUGUCACUUUGCAUACAAUUGACUGGUUAGAAUUACUCCAAGCAGUUGACAAUACUCAGAAACAGACUGUUCCUAAUGACGAACAAGAAUCAUCAAGAAUGCAACUCAAAGGUGAUGAUAACCAAAGUGACUACUUUGCUGAUGCUGAAACUUCUUCUUGUGGUUCCCUUGAAUUUAAUGGUGACUGGUCUGAUUUUGACGAGGGGAAAGGGGCUUGCCCAAAAGAGGAAGACUGUGAGAAAGCAGCAAUUGAAAUUGGCAAUGAUGAUUGUACAUCAUUGCGUCAUCAUCUCCUUCUCCAAAAGGAACCUCUCAGGAUUCCCAAAGAAAAUGCAGCCACCAAGGAAUACUUUAAGGUUGAAACUCAGUUGGGUAAUGGUCAGAACAAGAAUGAGAAUCCUAGCAUCUGUGAGGAGUUCUCUGUGGUGAACAGAGCUUGCAGAAAGUUGCCUCUACUGCAUAGCUUCUUUCAAUGGCUGUCCAGAAGAGAAGGUACUUUAUCUGCAAAGCAACAGGAGAAUUGUUCCCAUCAAGCUGAAGAAAUGGGAUCAGUGAGCCAGAAGAAGGGAACUAACAAGAAAGAUGGCAAUGAUCAUGGGCCAAAAUGUGCAACAGAAUCCUCACGUCAGGAGAAAACGACCAAGUCAAAAAAACAACGACAACGCGGCCAUUGGAGGUUUGAGACAGCUACUCGUAUGAGAUACAUUCUGUUAUCUGCUGCUUUGGUGACAGUAUUAGCAGGACUCAAGCUUGGAGAAAGCCAAAUUCUUCACUGGGCUGUUGGUAAUGGAUACACUCAGUUUUCCAAACUUCUACUGAAGUAUGGGCCUAAUGUAGAUGCUCCUAAUUUCCGCAUGGAAAGUCCUCUUCAUGUAGCUGCAAAAUUUGGUUUCGUUGAUCUCGCCGAUGUUUUGACCAAACUAGGAAGUAACGUCAACGCCAAGACUUACCAACAACAGACACCUCUCCACUUGGCUGUAUGGAAUGGUCACCAACAAAUUGCAGCAAUGCUAUUACAACGUGGAGGCGAUGCCCAAAGUGGAGAUGUGUUUGGACGUACUCCAGUUCAUCUGGCCGUGGUACAAAGACGAGAACGAAUGCUUGAAAUGUUAAUCCAACAUGGUAGUGCUUUGAAGGCUAGAGACAAUUUUGGACGGACUCCCCUUCAUUUAGCUUCUGUUAAAGGAAAUGAGCGAUUGGUGAAACUCUUAAUCCGACAUGGGUGCGAAAUAAGUGCUCGAGAUAACUCACAGAAAACUGCGCUUCAUUUGGCUGCAGAGAGUGGACAGGAUACUAUUGUACACUCCUUGAUAAUGCGUGGAGCUGAUAUCCAGGCUACAGAGCUCUUUGGACAGACGCCUCUCCAUUUGGCUGCACAGACUGGGCGCACAAACGUUGUAAAAUUACUUCUAAAACAUGGAAGCAUUAUUGGCGCAGUAAAUGUGUUUAAGCAGACACCUCUUCACUUAGCUGCAGAGAGUGGAGAAAACGGAUACAAAGACAUUUUAAAGGAGUUGAUACAACAUGGCAGUUAUGUCAAUGCUGUGAAUAUAUUUGGACAAACUGCUCUUCAUUUGGCUGCUCGAAAAGGACAUAAAAACAUUGUAGAGGUCCUUGUUCAACAUAAAAGCAACGUAUUGGCUUUAGAUGACGCACGCGACACUGCUUUGGAUAUCGCUGGUGAAAGUGGCCAUCAAGAGAUUGUGGAAUUGCUCACAGAACAUCCACACAUUGUAACUCUUAGAAAGUACUUCGUUAGUACACGUCUGCUUGUGGCUGAAGCCGGAGGAGGAAAUGGAAGCCAGCAAAGUCUGGAAAUAUCUAACACUGUCUUGAAAUGUAUCCACUGUAACAGGAGUAACUUAAAGGCUGAGGAGGAAGUCGAUCAAAUUAUUCUUCAUCUCUCCCCAAGAUAUGAUAAAAGUCAUUCUUUGGGAUCUUUGACGCGAGUUCAACGUAAUGUUAAAAUGGAGGAUAUUCUUAAACUUACACCCCUAUAUUUGGCCGCCUGGAUGAGAAUUGGAGAACGUCCAUUCCAAGGGGUUGCAUUGAGGACUAGGAGCAAGAAGUUUGAUGAACAUGGUUUAAAAUCUGCAAAUAAUGAUAUCAAGGCCUUUAGUUUCUCGCCCUCUUUCCAGGCAGUAAUGCCGUUAGAUACUAUUUCAGGUUCCUAUAAAUGCAGUUGCGUUUGUGCACCUCGUAAGUACCAAAAAUAUUCUUGUUUGGAGUUGAUUUCGAGGCAGUUUUCCUUCGUCGCAUGGAAACAGAGAAGAGGUUUAACAACAGGGGAAUCUAAUCUCAGAAGGAUAUUAUCAAACAUCCUCAUCUGUCGGCAGAAACAAGUGCGCGCGAAAGAGAAGACACUUCAAAAAGUGCGCAACUGCUGCAAACCAGACAUAGGUGAAGAUGCUUGCAAAAUUUUAAGCAGAGGGCGAAGUUAUAUCGAACAAUGUUGUGGGCUCGAUGGCUCGCAACCAAACGGAACAUCCCUGAACAGUUUAUCGCGGACGUCACUCGGUACCCAAUACUUCAGCAAUUGGAAGAGGUUCAUACCUUCUGUGGGAACCUCUUCAGGACCUAACCUGGGUAUUAGCUGUGCAGUUAAUCACCAUAGUGAAGACAGUUGGUACUCAGAUGCUCAAGUCUUAAAAAAAUACUCGGCCCAAAAUGAAGAAAUACACCCAUGUAGAAACAUCGGAGAUAUACAACCAUACAGAAGAGCCUGCAAGGGAAACGGCUGUGAAGAAGUCGAAACGAGACAAAAUUAUUUUUCCGAGAGAAAGAAGAUAGUACAAAAAGUGCCCCACUACCGCAAACCACACGCAGAUGAAGAGGAUGACCACAUAUUGAAAAGUAGGCGAAGUUAUCUCGAACAUUUUGAACCAUGUAUCUUCAAUCUGAGCUUCCAUGACUUCCCCCAAGGCCACAUAUGCCGUGGUUGUUUUCUUCCGAGUAAUGCGAGUAGCAGGUUAAAAAGGACUGGGGAAGAGCGUGAUAAAAAGUGUUUCGCGAAUUUUAAUUGUCUGUGCUCGGAACAGUCAGAUAAUAAACCUCGGACGUUACUCAGUACUCAAGGCUAUAGAAAUUGGAAGAGGUUCAUUUCUGGUGUGGAAACCGCUUCCGAACUUAACUCGGGUUUAUUCUGUGCGGUCAAACACCAAAUGAAAGACAGUGGGUAUUCAGACGAAGAGGUCCUCAAAAAAUAUUCAGUCGAAAAUGAAGAAAUACAACCAUGUAGAAACAACGGAGACAUACAGUCAUACAGAAACAACAGAAAAAGAAGACAAGAGCGAGCUUGCAAGGGAAACGGCAGUAAACUGUGGACACUCUUUUUUACGCCCAAGAAAUCCUUUGAAGGACUACUAAGGAAGAUAAUGUUGCAAGGAGAGAAUUAUCAGACAACAAUGGCGAUUGGUAUUAUUGUCGGUACUAUAUAUGUUGUGUUGUGGUACAAAAUGUGUUGUAUUAAAGUGCUUGCAAAACGGAGAAGCCACAGGAUUUCCUUAAAACUCCCAGCAUCAGCCAAAUCAGCCAAAUCAUCAAAUAAAAAAUUUAACGCAUUUUUGGGGUGAAGGUUGACAUGCUCGUGAGACGAUUGAUUCAACAGAGCCGGUGGGAUUUACAAGCAGCUGGUGGAUUACAGCCCAAGGAAAACCCCUUUUUUUAUUUUUUACUAAAUCGCUGAUUGUUCUCAAGGCCUAAGGAAAGACAAGAAAUCUUGCACAAAAGAAAGACGACUGAAUGAAUCCUUUCAUAUUUUCUAGGUUGAAGCAUAUCGGUCAGAACGUCAAGUGAAUUAGGUAGAACUAGCACGAGGUUUCGAUAACCUCAAAGACGAAACAGUUGUACAUAUGAAUUUGUAAAAGAUAUGUUGAGCGAAUGGAAGAACAAGAGAAAGUAAUAUCUGGAAAAAAUUUUACUUCUAUUGAAAAAAAAAUAAGGGAACAAGAGAAAAAAAUUACUUGACCAAAAACGUUUGGCAAGUUUCUUCAACUGAGAACAUUUGUACAUAGAGACAUUUCAAAGAGUGGAAAACGUUUUUAAAUUAAUGGGGAAACGUAUAGUCAAUAAAAACAAUUAAAGAAAUGA